AUGGAGAGAAGACAGCGGUACAGCUGCCGGAGAGCCGGGACUUCGCGUGCCGGAUUCCCGCCGGCGUGCAUUCCCUUGCAGCCCGCGGUGCAGGCCUCUCGCCGCCCGGAAGUCCCGGAGCCACGGUGCGCGGUCGUUGAUGCCAAGCCGCUGCCGGCCGCGGUGAACCGGCAGGGCCAGAGCCAGCGGGCGAUGCCCCCUCUGCCGGCCAACACCCACCGCGUGGAGGACCUCAGCCAGAUCCUCAACUAUAGCUUCCUCAGCCACGCCAGCUUCCAGCCCCUGGAGCCCCAGGUGGACGAGACCGUUACAGCAGCCCCCGGCCCCCACCACGAGGAGCUAGCCGAGCACCCGUUCACGCAGGCCGUGCCCGCUGCAGAUGCCCAGUACCAGCGGCCGGGCGAGGGUGGCACCACGGCGGACAGCAGCCUGGACUCGUCGGCUGGGCAAUCCUUCCAGGACCAGAGCCCUCGGGGGAGUGAGCUGCAGUACUACAUCCAGAUGCUUUUGGACCGAUCUCCGAGUGAACCUGUGGACACCAGCUCAGAUGCAGAGACACUCAACAUAACACCACAGGAGGCUGAAACCCAGAAAGCGGGCCCCACGGCGUUGCCGGACGAGCCCAGCGGCCGGGACGGGGUCAGGCCCCAGCCCACCGGGCAGUUGUCGAGCGGGCGGACCGCGGGCAGCGCCGUCCACAAGGUCAAGGUCAAGGUCGGCCGCACGGAGUCGGUGCCCACACAGCGCGGGCACCCGCCCCAGCACCCCCUCAAAGCAGGUGGUGUGCUGUCACCCAAGCAGGUUGGGGAGCUCUCGAGACUGCUGCGCGUGUACAACGGCGCGCCGGACUGCCCAGUGCCCUCCAUGGACGAGCUCUUCACCUACCUGAGGGACCACCAGGACGAUAGGCCAGUGGGACCAGAGAGUCUGACUUCCUCGACUCAACAGAACCAGAGUCGCACGUUAAAGCCAAUGACAAAGAAAGAGGGUUUACCGGCUCAGCCCUCUGCCCAGAAACUCCUCAAUGCCAACCCGCCAGAACACCACCGCCCUAACCCUGGCAAAGAAAAGAAGAGACCGGCGGUGGUGGCGCAUCAGGGAGGAGGAGGAGGCAGCAGCAGAGAAGCCAGGACGGCGAUAUGGAGAUAGUCAGGCUGUGGAGUGACCCGCUCAACGAAUUCUGGAUACUGAACCGUGAGGCACUGUCUUCCUGAAGGCCUGGGCCCUCUCUCGGCAGCCUCUGUGAGCUGCCAGGACCUGUCGUAGAAGGAUCUUUAACCAGCAAUGCCGGAUUGUUUCAACUUUUCAUAAGAGUCGGCACAAAAAUAAUUUGUACGGUGCCAAUCCGUCCGGCAAUGUCAGGGUUGAAUUUGGAAGACGAGAUACGUUGGCGGUCAAACGGGAAUUUGGAAGACGAGAUAUUGUUGCUCUCAGCUGCAGCCCGUUCCAUUCAUCGCUGCUUCCAACACAUCUCAUUGGCGUCUCUUUCUCUUGCUUCUCGUCCUCGCUUCAGCCGCCCAGUUUCCUCAUUGGUCUCACGGUCCGGUUGUGCCGGGUCACGGCAACGGUGCUCUGCGGUUGAUGAUCAGGAGCGAGUGGUCUGAGAGUGGUGGUUCGAGAGCGACGGGCACAGUUGGAAAAUGUGCCUCUUGUUUUCCUGCCGGCUUAAGUCUCAUCUACUGGCAGUUUAACCUGAUCAUAAAUUAAAUGCUGCGUUUCCAUAACAUUUACCAUCGCACGCAAAUCACGGCAUUGUUUUGGUUUAAAAUCUCGAUUUGCAUCAUUUACGGAACAGUCUAUUUUUUGACCAAAUUCCCCUUUUAUUCCGGCCGCUGUUUCGUCCCAACCGGGAGAAAAUAUUCCUUCAUCGGCCAAGAAACGAUGGCCCAAGCGCCAGUCGUCUUAGCCGGGGUUAAAGCUCGAAGGGGCCCCCAAGUCAGACUCCCGCAAGCAUAACCGGUGCUACUGUUUCUAUGAACGAACGGCCACCUCAGAGUGUUCAGCAGAUUUACAGGAGGUUGCGACAUUCUGCUUUUAGGUUGACUCCCCUCCCGAUGGAGAUUGUGACACCUCGUGUCUGUACUGGCAGCCUGUGUCCCCCCCCACUGUGCAGUCGAAGGUCUCGCCUGGGGUGCAGUUUCCAUCAUGUUCUCCCUUGUCCAUCCUCCCCAGAAUCAUGUCCCCACCACCGGCUCUCAAAUUCGACCAAACAGCUCUCUAUCCCAAAGGGCUGGAUAGUGCUGGAGUAACUCAGCGGCACAGGCAGCAUCUCUGGAGAACAUGGAUAGGCCAUGUUUUGGCUCAGGUCCCUUCUUCGGGGAGAGUUCUGAAAAAGGGUCCUGACCCAAAACGCCACCUCUCCCUGUUCUCCAGAGAUGUUGCCUGACCCGCUGAAUUGCUCCAACAUUCUGUGUCUGUUUUGACUCAACAUAGGACUCUGUCCAACUGAAGUCUAUUAAAUAAGUCUUUGGAUAGUCUUAAAGAAGCUUCCUUCUGUUUUACGUGCAGUAUUUUCCCCCUCUUCAAACGCCUAACACUAUUUAACUCUUAGCACUUAAUAUCUUCUAUCCAAAGGUUUUGUGCCGGAUGAACCUAAUUUCUUCCAUCCCAGGUGAUUUUUGUCUCAUUCUCUUUGUUCCCUGAUUUCUGUGAGUUUAUAUUUAUUUAUGUGUGUGUGUGUGUGUGUAUGUGAUUUUUGUAAUUAUCAUAAGUGCCUUAUUUUAAUAUGGAUUUUAUAUAAUAAAACUUUGUAGAACUAUUUUUAAAAAACAACUUUCACGCUGGUGUG